GCUUCCGGUGCCUGUUCGGCUGAUGUGUGUUUUGGAGUCAGGUGAAUGGUACAGAGGCGAGAGCUGCAGAUGAUGCCCUCGGGGUUUUCUUUACUUGUGUUAUUACAAUCCUAAAAAUGGAGGAAAUAAAGGACAACUUGGCGUUUAAAGGCGUUGCUGAGAGGCUCACGCUCGGCAUUACUCGAAUACUCGAAAACAUGCCCGGCGUGGUCGAUGUGCGUUUCGCGGAGAGGGAGCCUGCAGAGAAGAGGAACCUGUUAUCGUGGGAACAGAAAAACACUUGUAUAUUACCAGAAGACCUGCGAGAUUUCUAUCUGACAACUGAUGGAUUCACACUAACUUGGAGCGUUAAACUGGACAAUGAGCGUGUUCCCUUAGGACACAUGAUGAUCAACAGCGUAGCCAGGCUGUGCCCACUGCUCCGACCAGCGACACUUUUCUCUCUUCCAAAUGCUCCAUCGCUGGCCGACUUGGACUGGGAGGAGAGCAGCUCAGAAAGUGGGUCAGCCCGUGCUCCUGCAGCACCCCACUUUGACUCCCGGAGCCGCAUAUUCGAGCUGGAUUCAUGUGGUGGGAAUGGCAAAGUUUGUCUAGUCUACAAAAACUGCACUCCAGGUGUUGUAGCUCAGCAGAGUGAAAUGUGGUUCAUUGAUCGUUCUUUGUGCUGGCAUUUUUUAACGACAACUUUCACCUCCUACUACCGACUGAUGAUCACCCACCUUGGUCUGCCUGAGUGGCAGUAUGCCUUCACCCCAUACGGCCCCAGCCCACAGGCCAAGCAGUGGGCAUCUCUGUACCAACCCUUGACCUUUAGUUGUGAACUCAGUCCAGCUGAUCCAGCAGGAGAUUCUUAUAUUAACAAGCUAGACCCUAUAAAGGCCUUCAAAGGCAAAGCCAAAGUGUCUGCCCCCAAGAAGAAGCAGUCCACACAGUCCAGCUUAGGGAACACUGCCAAGAGCCAAGGCAGUGCAGGGAGACACAGUGGGCCAAAGCGGCUUCUGUGCAAUGGAUUGUUGGAAAGUGCCUAAACCUUAGUUUAGUGGCACUUUUAAUGUGCAAUGGGCUAAUUUCUACUGUCUUUAGACAGUAGACUGUUUAUUUUUUAAAGGCACAUUUACUGUUAAUGUCAAGCUG